CGGAAGUAGAACAAGUGCGUGUUUAUAGCGGAAGUAGAAUGCACGUGUUACCUGCGGUUGUAUGUCUGUCAGAAGUGUCGACUCUUAGAGCAAACUUGUCGAGAUGAAUUGUGUAAAGGCAUUGUUGCGAGUAUGCAGCAGUCCAUCAGCUGUUCGUGGUCUCAAGACAACAUGUGCAAGACAUAUGCCAAUGGUGCCGAUUGUGAUAGAACAAACAGGGCGAGGUGAGAGGGCGUACGACAUCUACUCCAGACUCCUCAAGGAAAGAAUCAUCUGUGUUAUGGGUCCAAUCACUGAUGACUUGUCCAGUCUGGUGGUGGCCCAGCUGCUGUUCCUACAGUCAGAGAGCAACAAGAAGGCAGUUCAUAUGUACAUCAACAGCCCAGGGGGCUCCGUGACGGCAGGGCUGGGUAUCUACGACACCAUGCAGUACAUCCAGCCCCCUAUCGCCACCUGGUGUGUGGGUCAGGCAUGCAGCAUGGCGUCACUGUUGAUGUGUGCAGGUGAAACGGGCAUGAGGCACUCUUUACCCAACUCCAGAAUCAUGGUUCACCAGCCAUCAGGACAGGCUUCGGGUCAGGCCACAGACAUCCAGAUCCAAGCUGAAGAAAUCCUGAAACUGAAGAAGCAGAUCAACAGACUCUAUGUUAAACACACAAAGCAGCCUCUCAACGUCAUAGAGGACAGUAUGGAGCGUGACCGGUUCAUGGACCCUUAUGAAGCAAAGGAGUUUGGGUUGAUCGACUCUGUGUUGGAGCAUCCACCCACAUUAGAGGAUAAAGAAGAGUCCAAGAGGUCAUCAUGACCUACUGUGUCCAUAUAGAUCUGUUCUUCUUGUGUAUAAACACCCUUUAUCUAUAAAUCUCACAUGCAUUAAUAAAAAUAUAAUGUAUACAA